AUGGCAGCUCGAUCAAGUACGUUACCGCAAAAGCCUGGCUCUGGUGCACCAACAACCAACACUGGAGCACCUAACCAGACUCUAUACAUCAGAAAUCUCAAUCAGAAGAUCAACCGAGAUGACCUAAAGCGAGCUCUCUACAUGCUCUUCUCGACAUACGGACCUGUCCUCGAUAUCGUCAGCUGUCGCGUAAGCGCAAAGGGCCAGCAGAUGAGAGGCCAGGCACACGUUUGCUUUCGCGAUAUUCAGACAAGUACUCAGGCAAUGCGCUCGCUGCAAGGGUUCGAGAUUUUUGGAAAAGAGAUGAACAUUCAGUAUGCCAGAGGUACAUCCGAUAUCAUACCAAAAUUGAGAGGCACUUUCGAACCACCUACCGCUCCUGCGCCUGCCACGGAAGCCACAGAAGUGCAGAAGUCCAUCUUCAACGCACCACCUUCCAGUAUCCCCGCAAAGCCUACGACGAAUGGUGUCUUGUCCACUGCUGGAAGUGGCCCGCAAGGUACGAAAAGACCGCACGAGGACGUUGAAGAAGAAGAGGAUCAGGACGACGUGGCAAUGGAAGAAGAUGACGAUGAUGAUGCUCCUAUGGAGGAGGACGACGACGAUUGA